AUGUCCCUCUUCCGUCAAUGCCGCACUGCCACCGUGCAGCUCCGCGGUUUCUCUUCAUCCUCCGCUCUCCGCGUUGGACCAGAAUCGCCCAACUUCAUUGAAGUCCCUCGAACAAUUCAACCGGAUCUUCCCCCAAAGCCUCGUGUCAAAGGUACACUGCCAGUGCCCCGAGAGCUCUUUCCCAAGCGACGAGUGGACAAACCUAACCCGCAAUACAUCGCCGCCGCCGCACCUCUCCCUACCAAGCAAGAAAAUAUCGAUCCAAAUGAGCCCCAUGCCGAGUACCGAAGCUGGAAGCGCAGUAUGGCCGACAUGAGGAGGCAGAACUUCGAGGAGGGUCUGCUGGAACUACACAACCGGCAGCAACGAACGGAUAAGACAAUGGAAGAGCGGAGUCGGGCGAGGCAAAAGCUACGAGACCACGUCCUCCGACAGCCUGACCGAGAGGAUGAACUUCUCACCCGGCCUACAAUUCCAAAGGCUAUGCUACCGAAGCGCACUCCUGUGCUGCCGGGCGGAGGUAGAGAUAGACGUCUCAAAGCAUCGCAGCGCCGGACUGAGCGGAAAGCGCAACUAAAGGCAAGUGAGCGCCGUGAAUCGCUGCACACGCUUUACAUGAAUGCUCGCGAAUUUAUCACCACGGAAACCCAGUUGGCGGCCGAAAUCGAGAAGAUCUUCCCUGAAGGAGAGAACGAAGCUUGGCGUAGUGAUAAAAGCAAGAAUGGCGAGAACAUUUGGAACAGGGGAUUUCCCAAGACUAUGGCAUCCCGCCUUGGUGAGUCUCAUGGCGAGGCGGCGCGAGAGUCGGAGCGAUGGGAUGUUGUCCAAGGCAGGAUCAAGAAGUUGGGUGAGGAAAUCACUGGCGGAAAGAUCUGA